AUGAUGGACUUGGGAUUUAUCCAGAUUCACAGUCUUGCCAGCCGGUUCCAAGGCAGCGAGAAGACCGCUGCGGCGCUCGAAGCUUUGGAGCUAAUGGAGUCAUGCCGUGCGCUCCAUCCAAUGGCGCCCCAAAUGAUGGCACACCUUCGCGCCGAAUCGCACCCCAAAAGUGCCUACUAUAGUGCAGGUUGGGCGCGCACCAUCGAGCAAAACCCGCCCGACGACACUUUUUUCAGCGACGGCGCGGAGUCUUUCGACAAGAAUGAAAUGUUCGACCACCUCUGGCCGCUUUUUCGCGCGCACUUCGUUCGCAGCGAUUUUGCUGCCAUCAGUGCUCUACUAGCCACAGUGGAAUGCACAGUCCAAUUUUCUAACCACGCUGCAGACCACAAUUCAUUUGUGGGAAAUCGUCUUUUUGAGUUCCUUCUUUUGCAAACGUUGGCCCAUGUUUACCAGAUUUGGUUUUCCACAAGCGAGGAAUCACCGCUCGCGGCCAUUGAAAAACGAUGCGAUCACUAUUUUGCGCGCUCGACAUGGCUCUUUAAAUCACUUGAAGAAAAGCCCGCACUGCUUGCAGCAGCGGUACUUUCUGAAUUCGACUGCGCUUAUUUGCUCCGUUGGUAUAUUUGCCUAGCAUGUUUUCGCCAAGGCGCAUUCUCCGAGUUUCUCGCUCGCUUCGAGUCACUCGAGCCUCAUUGGAAUAUUCUUGAGAAGGUGCACAUGCAACGCGAAGCUCAUACGCUUCAUCAGCUCGCGUGUGUAGCAUGUCGCCCCUUCCAACUGCAUUCGACCACUACUAGCAUGGGAACGAGCCAGUUUUCAGGUGGUCUUGACGUUCUUUCGCUCUAUAUGGACCAAUUGGCUGUAGCAGAUUUCGCAGCAGCAAAAAAAACCUGCCGGGACCUCUCUGUGGUGUUGUCUGACUUUUCGAACUAUCUCCUUCCACGCCCAAGCGAUAAGUUUUGGACCGCAUUUUCUGGCUUGAUUGAUGCGAAGGCAUUCUUAUUGAUCAUGUCUGUCACCCGAGCUAUCCCUCGGAAAAAGCUUCUUGCUCGUUUGGGAACCGAGGAUAAUUUAGUUAAAAUGUCAAAUCGCUUGGUUCUGCUUGUCUCGGUGCUCCAGUUAGGGCAACUGGGUAUAGGGUAUGAUCCUGAGCGUGAUAUUUUUUACCGUGAGCCGGUCUCGCAACAAACAAAGAUUCAGCAGCUUUCAGUUAACCUCGAUGAAGCAGAGCAUUUAUUGGAAGUUGAGUCUGCAUCAAAGUUGUUCACUUCAAUGGUGUUACAGGCGCAUAUAUCUCAGAAAUAA